UUCAAGAGAUUCCGUAAACCCUUCGGUCAGAAACGAAGAUGAUUGGGGGAAUGUGGCCUCAAAUGGGCUCGGUGAUAGCGAGUAUGGUGUUCGUUAUCACCAUAUUUCAACGAUACCUUCCCCUCCAACUUCGGGACCAUGUCGAAGGAUACACUCAAAAAUUAGUGGGCUUUGUCUACCCUUACAUCCAAAUCACCUUUGAUGAAUUCACCGAUGAUUUCCGCAACCAAAGCGAAAUCUAUUCCGCUAUCCAGAGCUACCUCAGCACAAAAUCUUCCACUUUGGAAUUUUUGAGUGAUUUCAAUUGGAGCAGUGUUGGCAGAUGGGGCUGCAGAGCUUAUUUGCGAAUUUUGGGCUGGAAGAUGAUGGAUUUUGAACUUGGACUCUUCUUGGAACUUGAAGAGGAGGUCAUAAUAUUUAAUUCAAGACGUUUUGGGCCUGAUUUGGAGCCAUGAAAGUCUAGAAACGUGGCUAUUUCUUUGCUGGGCAGAUUUCCUAGUCAAAAUAAGAAUGUAAUUCCUAGUUAUCUUUUUAAUAUUUUAUUUCCUUAUUUUUAGAAAACCUUUUCUAUGAGGGUUUUAAUUUGGAGUAGUAUAAAUAAGGCUUUUUAGCCAUUAGGAAAGGGGAGGAGAACACGGGCACUACUUUAGAGAGCUUUUGAAGUUUAUUUUCAAGGUGUUUCCUUUCCAUGUUCUUAAUAAUAUUUUGUUUUAUGAUUA